AUGGAAGCAGCCACAGAGCACCACUUCUACCACCACGGGGUCGAAUCCGAGGUGCCGCGCUCGGAGCGCGAGGCCUGCCACUUCUGCCAGCUCCGUGGCUUUGCUACCCACGACGCCUUCCCUGUGACAAUAGUCAACGAGACGGAUGACGGCGCCGUGCUGCCUCCAAACUUCCGCUUCAUCGACCGCUCCGUCCUGGGUCCCGGCGUCACCCCUGCCCAGAAGGAGUUCCGCACCGGCUGUGAAUGCCCCGAUGCCCAAUCCUGCAUGUACUCGGCCUGCGUGUGCCUUGACGAGGUCCAAGAUCCCGACGGCGACGGCGACGAUGGCGGCGGCGACGACGACGACGACGACGACGACGACGACGAGCUCGACGACGAGGACCAGGAGAGCCUGAGGUGGGCCGAGGUGCACCUGAGGAAGCCCAGCUGGGCGAGGCCGAGGGCCGGCCGCGAUGGGCCCAGAGACACGCCCGCGUCUGCCCACGCCACCGGCGGCCCUGCCGCAGGCACCCAUGGUAAGAAACGCUUCGCCUACCACUCGCAGGGCGCCAAGAAGGAGCUCCUGCGGGGCUCCUACCUCAACUCGCGGGCGCCCAUCUACGAGUGCCACGAGGCCUGCUCCUGUCUCAAGGCGCAGUGCCCCAACCGCGUGGUCGAGAGGGGCCGCAAGGUGCCCCUGCAGAUCUUCAGGACGGCCGACAGCCGCGGCUGGGGGGUCAGGACCAUGCGUGAGCUCAGGCGCGGGCAGUUUGUGGACUGCUACCUGGGCGAGGUCAUCAAGCCCGAGGAGGCCGAGACGAGGCGGCACAACUCGUCAAAGGCCCAGCGCAAGGACGUCUACCUGUUUGGGCUGGACAAGUUCACCGACCCGGACUCGCGGGACCAGCGGCUGGUGGGAGCGCCGCUCGAGGUCGACGGCGAGUUCAUGUCCGGGCCCACACGCUUCAUCAACCACAGCUGCGACCCCAACCUGCGCAUCUUUGCCCGCGUCGGCGACCACGCCGACAAGCACAUCCACGACCUUGCCCUGUUCGCCAUCCGCGACAUCGCCAAGGGCGAGGAGCUGACCUUUGACUACGUCGACGGGCAGGGCGAGAUUGAGAGUAACGCGAGGGACGAGAAGCUGCAGGAGGAGAUGACGCGCUGCCUCUGCGGCAGCAACAAGUGCAGGGGGUUCUUGUGGUGA